CCAAAAGCAGAGUAAAACUAGAGGAGUAUAAAACUAGGAAAUUUUGACUGGGAGCAGAACUGCAAGGGACCAAAGGAGAAAAAUGUUACAGCUAAACCUCUCCUCUUCAUGUCCAGUCCAAAACCCUAAUAAGCAAUUCCAGGAUUAUCCAUACCAUGCUUUGUUCUCCAAUACCUCGGGUCACUUCAAUCAUACAUCAAAAAGAUCCGUUCUUUCAUUCCGUAGUGCACAAAAAAAGUUUUCUUUAAAAUGCCGCCAGUCUGAUUAUUUUGGAACUCAACAAGCUCAGGGCUAUGCUGCUAAUGAGCAACAAGGGACAGUUCCUCCCAAGGUGUUUGUUGGAUACUCAGUGUACAAAGGAAAGGCUGCUCUUGCUGUGGACCCUCGGCCUCCAGAAUUUUUACCUUUAGAUUCAGGGGCAUUUAAGGUGUCUAAGGAGGGAUAUGUUUUGCUUCAGUUUGCUCCUUCAGCUGGUACGCGCCAAUAUGAUUGGAGUAGAAAACAGGUGUUCUCUUUGUCAGUUACUGAGAUGGGAAGUAUAAUUAGCCUUGGACCAAAAGAUUCAUGUGAAUUUUUCCAUGAUCCUUUUAAGGGAAAAAGUGAUGAAGGGAGGGUGAGGAAAGUGCUGAAGGUUGAACCGCUGCCAGAUGGCUCUGGCCAUUUCUUUAAUCUUAGUGUGCAAAACAAGCUUGUAAAUGUGGAUGAAAGUAUCUACAUCCCUAUCACAAAGGCGGAGUUGGCAGUUCUUGUCUCAGCAUUUAACUUUGUCUUGCCGUACCUUCUGGGAUGGCACACUUUUGCUGCUUCCAUAAAGCCAGAAGAUCCAAGCCGAACGAACAACACUAAUGCCAGAUCUGGUGCGGAGUUUGAAUGGAGCAGAUAGUGAUGUCUUUAGCUUGGGUAAUAGAUCCGUAGUAUAGGAUGCCUUCAGACUGUUUAAUCUUACAUGUUUGGUUUUCUUUGACCCCUGUUGUGUUGUUGGGUUUGGGCGAGGAAAUUCUCCUAGAAGCUUUGGAUAGUGUUGUCUGUUAUAGCAUCAGUAAAUGUUGGUUCCUUCUUAAUGCCGCGGAAUAUUGCACCUUCUGCUUGUGCCUCCAUGCUUAGUUCAGAAAUUGCUUGUUUUACCUUACCCUCGUUAAUCUGUGAAUCGUCCUUGAAGCUUUGGAGCUUCAGUUGUUCUAAGCUGUGAUCAACGGCAAUGAGUUGAAAGGGCGCCAUUCGUUUCCUGAAGACUCAGCAUCAGGACAUCUAAAUCAAAUCUGAAAGCCAUUAUCAUUCGUCAUGUUUCCAAAAGUUCGUCAUGUCUCUUUUUGGUUCCAAAAUUUCAAGUAGUGUAGAAAGAUGAUUUGGUCUAUAACCGUGUAUGUGAUAUGCGUAUAAUAAUAGUACGAAUUCAAAAUAUGAUAUGCGUAUUCACUAAUUUCUAUGGACAACACAUGGG